AUGACAGGCGUCGAUAAAUUGCAUCAACAGAAUAUCACCGGUCAAGGCGUGACAAUUGCACUUAUCGACUCCGGCCUGGAUUAUCUGCACCCCGGUCUGGGAGGCGGCUUCGGGACUGGCUUCAAAGUGAGCGGCGGGUACGACCUCGUCGGCGACGAUUGGAAACGAGGACUGCCAGCAAACCCAAGUGCAGAUCCCUAUACUGAAUGUUCAUUCCAUGGGACGCACACAAGUGGUAUAGCCGCUGGGAAUGAUACCAGAACAGGCUAUGUAGGUGCGGCACCGGGAGCAAAUAUUCAUCACUAUCGUAUCAUUGGCUGCGACACGAGAAAUACCUUGUUAGACUCAGACAUUAUCACCAAGGCAAUAUUGAUGGCAUAUGAGAAUGGAGCGGAGGUAAUCUCAAUAUCUUUGUCUUUGAGUAAAGGGCCUUACCCUGAUGAUCCGGUCUCUGAAAUCCUAAGUCGUAUUACGACUGAGGGCCGCACCGUUUGUGUCGUUGCAGUGGGUAACAAUGGCCCCAAUGGCACCUUCUCCGCCGAUGCCCCUGCAUCGGCAAAAGGAGUUCUAUCAGUUGGGACUGUCAACAGUUUAAGUACAAUUGAAAGCCGUCCUCGAGCGCGCAUGUCUCUUGUAGUCCAGAGCUUAGAACGAGGAAACUCUGACACGGCUAUAUCUAAUGAGACUAUGGCAGAGUUCAUGUGGACCCCAGCAACGCCCAAAGGUCGAUUUCCUGAAAAGAUCGAAGUACUUUCACUCGGAUUAUUAAUUGGUAAAGAAUUCGAGAAUGCGUGUAAAUUGUUUAACAGCAGCAUUGCCCUCCCUUCGUCGGUCGUUAUUUUGGUACGUCGGGGCGGUUGCGGCUUUUCUGAGAAGCUUCAGAAUGUGGCGAACGCUGGUGGACGAUAUGUUCUUAUUUACGAUGACCAAGCAUAUAAACACCAAUAUGACAAUCCAGACGAUCUGAGUCAGACGAUGGACCAGCUUCUCGAGUUCGAAAAUAACACGCCUGGAAUCCACGCUGCUGGCUUUGUCUCCGCGGAGACUGCCGAAACUUGGCUCACAUUUGCAUCCUCCGCGGCACAGAGCAACAGUAAAAUGCUCAUUUAUGUGAACAUGGACUCCAACCUCACCUUCACCCCUUUUUUUGCUUGCAAACCACCCUCUCUUGCGCCGGGCCGCAUCAAUGGUAAAAGUACUUGGGGGCCCUCUGGUGAUGCAAGCAUAAUGCCACUUGUUGUUGCUCCUGGUGGCAACAUGGUCUCGACAUUGCCGCGCAGUUGGGGCGGCUAUGGGGUACUAUCGGGCUCAUCUAUGGCUGCACCUUACGUGGCAGGGUGUGUGGCACUCUUGAAGCAGGCACGGCCGGAGCUGAAAGCGCGAGAGAUUGUCAACUUACUUGCGACCACUGCGAUGCCCGUUCAAUUUUCCGAUGGUACGACCAAAGAUUAUCAUUUUCUAUCCCCCGUGUGGCAUCAAGGAGGUGGUCUCAUUCAACCUUCAGCAGCAGUGGAAGCGAGUGUUUUGCCUGACGUUCCCAACGUAUCAUUUAACGACAGCGACUUUUUCGUCGGGGUUAGGACGUUUGAAGUUCGAAACAUUGGCACUAUGGAAGUGCUCUAUGAUUUGUUUGCCUAUGGUACAGACGCGAAGACAAGCUACAGUAGAAAUACUGGACUUGGCGAUCUCAGUCUCUCUGCAGCAACCGUAUUGUCGAGGUGGCCAAGCCCCAAGGGCGGUUUUGUAUCUUGGGGGUGGAAAUCACCACUAGCCGAGAAGCAAUUCCUUGAGACUGUCCGUGGGCCACUAGAGUAUUCGGACCUUCACGCCUCUGUGGUUGUUAAGCCUAACUCUCUUAGACUUAAACCUGGUCAGUCAGCAAACGUGUCAAUCACAGUGACUGGGCUGAACAAUCUUACCUCUCCUUCUGUCUCGGCUCGCUGCCCGCUUUGGGGAGGCUACAUUGCUAUGAGAAGCGCCGCUAACACUUCUGACAACGAUGCUCAACCAAAAAAGAAUUUAACGCACUUCAUAGCCUAUGGUGGCGUUGCAUGCGCUUUAAGGGAUAUUGUUGUUCUUGCCGACCAUAGCACCGAUAAUGGUCGCGCUUCAGAGUUGUUGAGCUCCAACUAUACAAGUUCCAACUACACGGAGGCUAAGGAUGAUAACAAAGACUUAUCAAUUGAAGACCCUCAAAGAUUACAAGGCACCUUCCUCGCAGCCGCUACCGAAGCGGAUCAAUACUCUCCCAAGUUUGUUGCCACACCUAUAUCGUCAAUGGACGAAUUCACCAUCCCUAGCCCACAGGUCCAGUCUGUUGCAGGCUUUGCCAUGACUGGAAAACCCGCUUCAAGAGGUCAACUCCCGCUUCUUCCCACUCUCAACCUCAAAUUCGAUCUUUCCACCCGGGCAUUGACCAUUGAUGUUCAAAUGCUCAAGAACGCAACAGAAAGUGUUAAUCUAGGCCCAGCUUUUAGUCACGAAGUCACGCGGCGACCAGGAGGGUUCAAUAGAGCCAACAAUGUAUACCAACCGUGGCAUGGGCAACUUGCUGACGGUACCUGGGUGGAUGCGGGCAUAUACCGGUUCCGUGUGUGUGCUCUAAGAACGUGGGGUAACAUGGAUAAACCACAGGAUUAUAGAGACUGUGUUGAGACAGAGGCUUUUCAGUUGAACUAUGACAGCGACAGACAAACAAAAGAUUUGUCUAAGGGCAUGGAACAAUGCGGCUUCUUUGACGAGAAGCCGUUAAAAAGAUAA